ACGGCCUCACGGGUAGGGAUAGGGAGCCCUCGAGGGCGCAAAAGCCGCCGCCGACUGGGACGACGGCGAACCGUGUCCAACUCACCCUUCGUCUCGUUUCCCCCCAAGGAAACCCAAAAUCACAGUACCCCACCGCAUCCACCCUGGCGCAUGCCAUGUCGGGGCCCGACGCCGACGCCGAUGCCAUCGCCAUCGCCAUCGCCGCGGCGACGGAUCCCUCCCCGGCCCCGGCCCCGGCACCGCCGGUGGUCGAGUGGCCCGAGGGCGGCGCGCUGACGCCGGACUGGGUGGCGGGGCUGGAAUCCACGCUGGACUGGUGCUCGCGGCACCUCCCCGCGGAUCGGCUCCCGUCGGUGCUGCCGGCCGCGCUGGUCCAGCGCCUGGUCUUGGCCGCCGCCGCCAUCCUGCACCGCGAGCCCAACCUCAUCCGCGUCGACCCGCGCCCCGGCCAGUCCGUUGUCGUCGUCGGGGACGUCCACGGCCAGCUCCACGACGUCAUCUUCCUACUCCGCGACGCCGGGUUCCCGUCCGAGGAACGCAUCUUCGUCUUCAACGGCGACUAUGUCGACCGCGGCGCCUGGGGCGUCGAAACCUUCUUGCUCCUCCUCGCCUGGAAGGUGCUACUCCCGAAUUGUGUGUUUCUUCUCCGGGGAAACCACGAAUCCAAGUACUGCACAUCAGUAUAUGGUUUCGAGAAGGAGGUAAUGGCUAAAUACAAAGAUCAGGGCCCUCAAGUUUAUAGGAAGUUUUUAAGAUGUUUCGAGGACCUUCCUCUAGCGACAAUAAUAGCAGGAUGUGUGUACACUGCACAUGGAGGUGUCUUCCGUGGAACAAUUGUAGUGCCAUCAAAAAAAUCAAAAAAGGGAAAGAAGGGCCGCAAAUAUAAGGCAGAUUUUACUGUUGAUCUGAAUUCCAUAAAACUUGGAUCCUUGGAUGAGUUACUGAAAGCAAGGAGAACUGUUCUAGACCCUCCCUGGGAAGGCACAAAUCUGAUCCCUGGAGAUGUGCUCUGGUCUGACCCUUCCUUGCAGAUGGGUCUUUCUCCAAAUAAAGAACGAGGCAUUGGUUUGCUUUGGGGUCCUGAUAUCACUCAACAGUUUCUGCAGACAAAUCAUUUGAAGCUAAUCAUCAGGUCACAUGAAGGUCCUGACGCAAGAGACAAGCGACAUGAUCUCUUAGAAAUGGAUAAUGGAUAUACAAUUGAUCAUGAAGUAGAAUGUGGAAAACUAAUCACUCUCUUCAGUGCACCGGACUACCCACAAUUUCAGGCUUCAGAGGAGCGACAUAACAAUCGUGGAGCAUAUAUUGUCCUUAAUCCACCUGAUUUUGCGACCCCUGUUUUCCACAGCUUUGAAGCUGUAAAGCCUCGACCUGCGGCGCAUCCAUUCUAUGAUUUUGAAGAAGUGAUCGACUCAGAUGAAGAGUUGAAUUUGGACGCCAUGGACAGUGGCACGUCGGGCUUGUCAUGAUGACUUCUCAUGUACCUUUUGUAUUUAUCUCUCCGAUUGUUGCCAAGGAAACGUGACAUCAAGGUUUUUGUUGUAGCUAAUGCCAACUUACUAACAUUGCAGGUUUCUGUAUGGCCUCCUGACAUUCACGUCAAUCUGAUUUGUUAGUUCAGUUUAGUUGAUCUGUAUCGAAAAACUAGACUUAAGUGACCCUGAAACAUGGCAUCAUCAAGAAUCAAGAUUGAAUGUGGGAAA